AUGGUCAACCACUUCGUUGCUGAAUUCAAACGUAAGCACAAGAAGGAUCUUGCCACCAAUCCGCGUGCUCUCCGUCGUAUUCGUACUGCUUGUGAACGCGCUAAGAGGACUUUGUCUAGCUCUACUCAAGCGAGCAUUGAGAUUGACUCUCUCUUUGAUGGAAUCGACUUCUACACCAACAUCACGCGUGCACGUUUUGAAGAGCUUUGCGCCGAUUUGUUCCGCAGUACUAUGGAUCCAAUUCAUGACAUUGUUUUGGUUGGAGGAUCGACUAGAAUCCCAAAAGUCCAGAAGCUGUUGUCUGACUUCUUUUCUGGUAAAGAACUUAACAAGAGCAUCAACCACGACGAGGCUGUCGCCUAUGGAGCUGCUGUUCAGGCUGCAAUUUUGUCUGGCGAUAAGUCUGAGAAUGUUCAGGAUCUUCGUCUUUUGGACGUUGCCCCACUCUCAUUGGGUAUUGAAACUGCUGGUGGCGUCACGACUCCGUUAAUCAAGAGAAACACGACUAUUCCCACCAAGACUUCUCAAACGUUCACUACUUACUCUGACAACCAGCCUGGUGUUCUUAUUCAGGUCUAUGAAGGUGAACGUGCUAUGACUAAGGACAACAACUUGUUGGGCAAAUUCGAGUUGAGUGGAAUUCCUCCUGCUCCUCGUGGUGUUCCUCAAAUCGAAGUCGCCUUUGACAUUAACGCCAACGGAAUUUUGAAUGUUUUUGCCCAAGACAAGUCUACUGGAAAGCAAAACAAGGUCACCAUCACUAACGACAGGGGACGUCUUUCCAAAGAUGAGAUUGAGCGCAUGGUCCAAGAAGCUGAGAAAUAUCGUGGAGAGGAUGAAAUUCAGCGUGAUCGUGUUUCUGCAAAGAACGGACUUCAGUCUUACUGCUUUAACAUCAAGCAGACAAUGGAGGAUGAUAAGGUUUGA